AUGAGCACCCAGGAAGUGUGGAUCAAGGCCCUGCCUCCGCCCACCGCCACGGUUGAUGAAGUCAGAAAAUGGCUUGGCAAUUGGUUCACGGAAAGAGAUGUGAGAACACCAACCAACGUUUCCGACAUCGAUCUCCUCCGAGCGCUCCUUGAGUGGAAUGUCGAUGGAAAAGAGAUCAGAGAACUCGGCAUUGAGGUCUUACAGCUGAUCUUGGCCAUCAAUUGCAAGAUCGCAAAUUACACGGCCGAGCGAUUGACUGGAGACAUCGAAAUGGCUCUGCAGUACGAGAAAGAAGUUCUUCUUUUCUCUACUACUUACCGUGACGGGUUCAUCAACCGGAUCCCAAUGUCAAAAAAGCCCAAAACUAUCGCCAAUUGGAUCCGGAGCUGGUUCGUAGAUGUCGGAAUCGAAUUUCCCGCCGACUUCGGAAAAGUCUUUGUCAAAGAGCUCGCUUGGGGUACUGCAGAUCUGGAAAAGCAGAACGCAAAGACUAUCUUCGCAAGCUUCUAUGGAAAGGGUUUGACUUUCGCCCAACUGGAGUUCUUAUCCCGAGACAUCAACCUCGCCAUCGAAUAUAUUCAUCGAGUGAGGAAAGAGGCACAGGAGAGAGUAGCUGCAUUAAGGGCUCAGGAUGCAGAGAUGAACGCAUAGGGUUGCAUUUUUCUGAAGUUGCUGAAGGUUGGCAGAGGAGUUUGUGAAUUGCAGGAGAC